AAUUAAAAAAAUGGAUUUUAUGAAUAAUGACCAAAUGAAACAAAACCACUAUAACAUUGUCCCUGAAUCAGUAUUUGAUGUCCCAUUUGGAAUCUCAUCUCAACCAAUGUUAAAUAUGCAACAACAACAACAAAAUAACCAAAAAAUGAAUUUUAAACAACCAAUACAACCAAAUCAAACAUUAAUUCCUAUUCCACCAAACAAUUUAAAUAAUCCACAAGUUUCUAUUUUACAAAAUCAAAUCCCCCAACAUAAUAUAAACAACAAUACAAAUAACAAUCAAAAUACAACUACAACAAAUAAUAAUAACAACAAUAACAAUAAUAAAAAGAAAGAAGAAGAUAAAUCAAUUAAAAAGAGAAAAUUCAUUAGCUCAACACCAGUUAAAGGUGAAAAUGGUACAACUUUAAUUCCAACAACUGAUGGAAGCUUUAAUAUGGACGAAGAAAGACAUAUGAAAAGACAAAGAAGGUUAGUUAAAAACAGAGAGGCUGCUCAAUUGUUUAGACAAAGACAAAAAGCCUAUAUCCAAGAUUUAGAGAAAAAAGUUUCCGAUCUUACUGGUACCAAUAGUGAAUUUAGAGCCCGUGUCGAAUUACUAAACUCUGAAAAUAAACUAAUUCGUGAACAAUUGUUAUAUUUAAGAAACUUUGUAACUCAAGCAGUAUCAUUUUCAUUCCCUAAAGGUGCCCCAGGAAGCAACAGUCCAACCGGUGCAGCAGAUCAAUUCCUUAAUAGUAUUCUCCCACCCGGGGAUUAAACUCUCCAUUACCCCAAGGAAUAUUACCAGCCGGUAUGAAUUUACAAACCCAAUGAUAAUGAGUGCAAUUGCUGAAGCCGCCUCUAAAAACUCCACUUUUAGACAAAAUAUACAAAGCAAUCUAUUAGGUACCCCAAUCCCAUCUCCACAAUCAUCAUUAUCAAGUAAUUCAGGUAACAAUAGCCCAACUAAACAAAACAACCCUUCAUCACCAAAUAAUAAUAAUAACAAUAACAAUAAUAAUAAUAAUACAAUGAAUACAAAUACACAAAAUAAUAACAAUAAUAUUUCACCUGCCUCAUCUUCACUCCAUCAAGUACCAUAUUUAAAUACGCCACCACAAGCCUCUAAUAACUGUUCCCCAAAUCAAAGAUAAAAUUAAAAAUUGUUUAAUUAUAUAUAAAAAAAAUAUUGUAAAUUCGAAUCAUAAAAUCGC